CCCCAUUCCGUUGCGCACCCGUGUGCCUCGCGGUGUUUGCUGUUGCCGUCCUGGCCAGGCCGGCUGCAGCUGCAGCUGCAGCUGCAGUGCACGCAUACGAUACGAGCAGGUGACCGUCGGGUGAGAGGGAGGAGAUCGAGCAGGUGCGCGCCCGGGUAGCCCAGCCGGCGACAUGGGGUGGGCGCUGGCGCUGCACGGCGGCGCCGGGGACGUCCCGCGCACGCUGCCGCCGGAGACCAGGGAGCCCCGCCUCGCCGCGCUCCGCCGCUGCCUCGACCUCGGCGCCGCCGCGCUCCGCGACGGCCGCGCGGCGCUCGACGUCGUCGAGCUCGUCGUGCGGGAGCUGGAGGACUGCCCGCACUUCAACGCCGGCAGGGGCUCCGUGCUCACCGCCGACGGCACCGUCGAGAUGGAGGCGUGCGUCAUGGAGGGCGCCACCCUGCGCUGCGGCGCCGUCGCGGGCCUCUCCACCGUCGCCAACGCCGUCUCGCUCGCCAGGCUCGUCAUGGAGAAGACGCCGCACAUCUACCUCGCAUUCGACGGCGCCGAGGCCUUCGCCAGGGAACAGGGGGUGGAGACCAAGGAUCCAAGCCACUUUAUCACGGAGCAGAACAUCGAGCGACUGAGACAAGCCAAAGAGGCCAACAGGGUCCAGAUUGAUUACACCCAGCCAAUGAAAGGGUCGCAGCAGGCACCCCAAGACACCCCGGCCCCAGCCGACGACAACAGCCAGACGGGCACGGUGGGGUGCGUGGCCGUCGACGCCGCGGGCAACCUCGCGACGGCGACGUCCACGGGCGGGCUGGUGAACAAGAUGGCCGGCCGGAUCGGGGACACCCCCGUGGUGGGCGCCGGCACGUACGCCAACGCCCUGUGCGCGGUCUCCGCCACGGGUAAAGGCGAGGAGAUCAUGCGGCACACGGUGGCGCGCGACGUCGCGGCGCUGAUGGAGCACCGCGGCCUGCGGCUGCGCGACGCCGCGGCGCGCGUCGUGGCGGGGGCGCCCCGCGGCGCCGUGGGCCUGGUCGCCGUGUCCCGCACCGGGGAGGUGUGCAUGGCGCACAACACCACCGCCAUGUUCAGGGCGUGCGCCACCGAGGCCGGGCACGAAGAGGUCGGCAUCUGGACGGACGCUGACGCGCCGAUGGAGAGCGUCAGCGUCGCGCUGUGAGCCUGUGAGAGCUGCGUGGUUUCGGUUCUCUGUUACUGCAUUCGCGUUUGGUUGUCACUUGGCUGGCUAAGAACUUGUUCCUCUCGGUUAGUUUCGUAGUUCAGUAGUGUUGUGGAAGAAAAACAUUUUGGUUUCGGCUUUAUAACGCAAGAUUGGUAAGUGCAACAGAAUUUGUUUGUUUUAAAAAUGUGUUCUGUCAUAUACUGUUUUAUGUAAUAUUUUAGAACCGAGAUUUCAAGGCCUCCCAGAAAAGGCCCAAAGUGGGAUUAAGUUGAGGAAAAAGUUUGUUUUUGGCCA